GAAUUUCGGAAUUAAAAAUUUAUUUGCAAUAAUUGUUGAAAUUGUGUGGAAAAACAGUUUGCUGUAAAAUCUAUACAAUAUAUGACGAUAAUCAUGUAAAAUGCACUAUUUUUUUCAUAACGUAAUGAAAAAGUGUUAAGGAUAUGUUUUGCUAAGUGUUUUCAAUAUACAUAUGCAUGUUUGUAAAACGUAAAGAGCUUCAAUUUUAGCUAAAGACGAUAAGUUUAAAUAAUAGACUUACGAAGUAUAGUUAAAAAAUCAUGUCUCCUAUGCAAACAACUUCUUCCUCGGUUAACACAAACAAUAACUUUAACAAUUCAAAUGUUAAUAACAAAGAACAAUUUUUGCGUUGUUGCUAUCCUAGCGGUGAUUGCCUAAGACUUGACAGUUCAAUUUCAUUUGGUGAUCCUAUUGAAUGCGUACGUGUAAUAUGCAAUAAUGAGAAUUGCUUCGUUGGACAAUAUAUGCAUCGUGAAUGCUUUGAUGCGUGGGAGCAGUCAAUUCUCGCUACUUUUAAAUCCAUCGGACGUGCUCGUUGCUGGUCUGACAGGCAACGUUCGCAAAACUUGUGGACAAAAAAAGGGUACGAAUUAAUAAACAAGUCGUGUGUUUGUAAAUGUGGCAGAGGCCAUAUUCGAAAGGAUUUAGACUGGCCAUUGGCUAACGUAACCAAAAAUAUCGGAAACAGUCUCUUUACAAAUGGUAUUGCAAAUAGUAAUCGCUUGACAAAUAGUGUGACAAACAUUGAAAAUUGCAAUGAUGACGAUGAGAAAAAAAAAAAGAAAAAACGAAAUCGUAGUCAAAAAGCAGUGAUGGCUCUAUCAACAUUAAAUACAAAUGCAUACCAUACGAACGGUCAACAAGAACACAGUGGAUCAUAUGAUGACAGUAGCUGUGUUGCAUCCGUAGUUGGUAACGGUAAUGCUCAAAAUACCAGUAAUAUUAAUUCAAGUAAUGUGAUUACUAAUUGUAACAGUAACAAUUUAGUGACUAAUCCAAAAGUUGGAGUUAUUGGGUCUGGGUUAAAUCAUAACAACAAUAAUCAACAUCAAACAUUUUCACAUAUUCAUUCCCAGCAAAAUAUUUUAGCAUCAAUAAACAACAUUAUUAACAAUAAUAAUUGCAAUGGCAAUAUAUUGGGAAUAGAUUUAUGUACUAAUUCUGAGAGUAUUACUUCAACCGAAGAGUCAAUAUCGCCAUCAACUUCUCAGUGCAGUGAAGAUAUUUCUGUUUUGCCAAAGUGUCAACAAGUACAUGAGCAGUCACUUCAGCAAAAUGUUUACUCAAAAACUGGUAUAAAUUAUGCAGACUGUGCUAUUAAUUUCAACAAUUCUAGUAGCGCUUCCUCUACACCCGUCUUGAUUAAGCAGAAAUCACAAGAACAAUCUUUGCUUCAACUAAGUCCAGAAACGCACUCUCUACAUGGUGCAGAUUUAAUGCAAACAAAUAUAGUUGAUCAGCAGCAAUUAGUACAACAGCAGAAAAAUAAAGAAGUUGAGAUAUAUUCAGAACGCGUUCGUUCGACUUCUGGUUGUAAUGGAAUAUUUUCUCGCCGAUUGGAUUUUUCAUCCUUUAAUUUAUUACCAAAAACACGUCUUAACUCCUAUCAAGUAAAGAUGCGUUAA